AAGGUGCACGCAGGCGCAAUGCCGCCUAAAGCCGGGCUCAAUGCGUCAGAGAAUCUCCGCGCCCAGGCGGCUCCUCCCCACUGCGGGAACCCGGGAAAACCUGUGAGCUAAUCAGAAAAAGCAGAAGGCGGGAGGGCUUGGGGCAGCGUCCAAUGGCGCGAAAGAGAACAAAUGAUCUGGCCAAUCAGGAACGGCACGGGGGCGGGCUCGCUCGGCGCGAAGUUCGGGCCCGGGAAUUCCGAAGGAGGGGUAGGCUGCCUGCGCCCCGAGGCCGCGCCCCUUCAGGCUCCGGCUUGUUGGCUGUCAAACAGCUGCGGAACUGUUGGCUCCUGCGGAGGAGCCCAAGGGGUCCCAGGACCCCCGCACAGGUUGGCAUUGCUUGAAGAGGAGGCCACUCGGAGACUGCACCGCACGGGUAGAUCCGAAACGCGGCUGAGGCCGAGGGAAAAGGCUGGGUAUGCCUUGCAUGAUCUCGGGAGCGCCUUCCGUUUUUAAUCCCACCUAGAGAAGCCGGGAAGCAGAGGUUUAGGUCCAAUUUGUUGGAGAACUUAAGGAUUUGUUUGCAGUUCCUUUUGGGGGAUGACAGUGGAUUCAUUGCCCUCGGGGGUUCAAACUAGUUAUGAGUGAGGGAUUGGCCAGCGAUCGGGGCGCAGGCCAGCAGGAGUGCUCUGUUAGGAUAAGCAAGCUUGAUAGGAAGAAGCUGCUCUUCUCUAAAUUACACAGAGGUGAUGUGUUCGUAUUGCACGUAGACAGUUUGUAUAACAGGACCUCCCCGCCCCGCCACCCCGACACACAAAAGAGCUGCCUAAAAUAUCCUUGCCUUGCAGAUUGGAGGUUCUCCAAAUAUUUUGCGACCUGAGGAUCCAGCUCAAGUGAGGUGCCGUAGGACGUGUUCCUGAGUUUGCAUUGUAUGGAGACUUUCCUGGAAUCUUUCAGUUGCAAGUCAGCUUCACAACAAAUUUUGCAGAGUCCUAGGCUGCUUCCAGUCUGAAUUUAGACUAACUUAGGUAGUGUGCUUAAAGUUGAAACUGCACACAGCACAACUCAAGUUUGCAUCAGACUGGGAAGCGAACUUAAGCCAGUGGUGCGUGGCCCAGGAGUGGGAAAGGAAAUGGAUGCCUGAAGUGGAAGGUGGUGCAGAGGGGGCACCGCCCAUGCUGCCCUGCUUCCAACUGCUGCGCAUAGGGGGCGGCAGAGGCGGAGAUCUCUACACCUUUCACCCACCGGCCGGGGCUGGCUGCACCUACCGCUUGGGCCACAGGGCCGACCUGUGUGAUGUGGCUCUGCGGCCCCAGCAGGAGCCUGGCCUCAUCUCUGGGAUCCAUGCCGAACUGCAUGCCGAGCCCCGGGGUGAUGACUGGAGGGUCAGCCUGGAAGACCACAGCAGCCAAGGGACUUUGGUCAAUAAUGUCCGAAUCCCAAGAGGUCACAGGCUGGAAUUGAGUGAUGGAGACCUCCUGACCUUUGGCCCUGAAGGGCCCCCAGGGACCAGCCCCUCGGAGUUCUACUUCAUGUUCCAACAAGUACGAGUCAAACCUCAGGACUUUGCUGCCAUUACCAUCCCACGGUCUAGGGGAGAAGCCCAGGCUGGGGCUGGGGCUGGCUUCCGCCCUAUGCUGCCCUCCCUUGGGGCUCCACAGCGGCCUCUUAGCACCUUCUCCUCUACCCCCAAGGCCACACUAAUCCUGAACUCCAUUGGCAGCCUCAGCAAGCUCCGGCCCCAGCCCCUCACCUUCUCCCCUAGUGGGGGUAGACCAAAGAGCUUGCCAGUUCCCAUCCCACCUGGGGAAGUGGGUAUCACCCCUUCUGCUCCGCCCCCACGCAAUCGGAGGAAAUCUGCUCACCAAGUGUUAGCAGAACUGGAUGAGAGUGAGCCUCCUGAGAGCCCACCACCAGCUCUUAUGGAGCCCAGGAAGAAACUCCGUGUAGACAAAGCCCCUCUGACUCCCAAUGGAAAUCGACGUGGCCAUCCUCGUCCUCGGAAGUACCCAGGGAGCAAUCCCAUGGCUCCCCCUGCAGUUGGGGAUGGGGAGCCCUGUGCAGCUCCUUGUUGCUGCCUGCCCCAGGAAGAGACAGUGGCCUGGGUUCAGUGUGAUGGCUGUGACCUCUGGUUCCAUGUGGCCUGUGUUGGCUGCAGCAUCCAGGCUGCCAGGGAGGCUGACUUCCGAUGCCCAGGGUGCCGUGCUGGCAUCCAGACCUAAGGUCAACCAUGAAGACACCCUCGGACACAGCUGCCCAUCAGUAGACACAGCAGUGAGCAAAUGGGUCUGAUAAAUGCUCCCGUCCCUUUCCAGGAGGGAAUGACUGCAGGGAAGGGUGGAUUGAUGUGGACUCAUUCAGGGCCUGGAGCAGAAGAGCCUGGUGGCCAAGGUGACAGAAGAAAUGGCUUCCUGCCAAAGAUAUUGCCACCUCCAGGAAAUUGCCAGUGAGCUGGAAGUUCCCAUUCUUACAAGGCCAUGUUGCCACGGACACCAAAAUAUCUGUAGUCAGAGCACUGAUCAGUUGCAAAAGCCAUGCCUGCAAAUAAUGGAAAACUAAGGGAGUU